AAUAUUAUGUGCAACAAAAUAUGGGAAAAAGAGAUGCAAACCUCUGGUGGACGUUUGUGACCUCUGUCUGCAACCUUAUUUUGUUGAGGACUCCCACUGUAAAUCCUGCCACAGGACUUUCGCUACAAAUAAUGGAUUUAGUUCUACCAAGCAUGCAUUUCAUUGUGGAGACAAGUUACCCAAAAAUGUUCCUAUGGAAUCUUCUCUUCCCUUGCGGACAAGAUUGCUUAAGGUUCUGUUUGCUUGUAUUGAGGCAUCAGUUCUCCCCGAAGCAUUUGGAACAAUUUGGACGAAUGAUGCUAGGAAGCAUUGGGGUGUGAGGUUGAGCAAAUCAUCCUCUGUUGAGGAGCUUUUACAGAUAUUGGCCUUGUUUGAGAAAGCUCUACGGAGAGAUUUUCUAUCAUCAAACUUCUCUACAACAGACGAACUAUUGGGACUGAGCAAUAUGGGUGGUAAUGCUUCACUUACUUCCACUGAUCCUGAAUUGGUAGCUGUACUUCCAUGGGUUCCACAAACUACUGCAGCAGUGUCUCUCAGGCUUCUUGAGAUUGAUUCAUCUAUCAAUUAUGUACAUCUUGAGAUACCUGAGCCAUGCAAAGAGAAAGAAGCGAAAGAGUACAUCCAGAAGCUUCCUUCAAGAUAUACGUCCUUCAAAUGCAAUAGAGAGGUUGAACCAGCAGAGUUAGGGCAUGGUGAAUUCAUUAAAGAUAAAUCUGCUUCAAAGAAAAUUGUUCGAAGUGGUAAUAAACGUGGACGAGGGUCUAAUGAUCAAGGACGGGGUAAAAAGAUGUCUAAAAGAAUGUACAGUUCCAAACGAGAUACUGGCCGCCGAAAUGUAAAGGUCAAUGAGAAUCUAAGUGACAAGCUAAAACAGCAGGGACGAGUACUACAAGGAUCAGCUGGUGGUCGUGGUCGCCGAACGGUAAGGAAACGGAGAGUGGAAAAGAGAGCUGUUGAAGAUUUGUUGCUGGGCCAUACCGCAGUGAGCCAUAGCCCCAAUAUUGACAGAGAACCAUUGAGAAGAUUUGAUGAGGAGUGGGAUGGUGAAAGGGCAAGUCCCAUGACUCCCGUCCACAUUGAAAUUGAUGACAAUAGCAACAGUGCUGAAGAGGUGGAAUCUGAUGACAACGGCCAAGCAGUAGAAUAUGAUCAAGGUAACUGGGAGGUGGGUUAUAAUGGCAUUCCCGCCAACAGUUGGGGUAGGGACUUUGCUGGAAUGAGUGAUGAAGAUGCGGAUGCUUUUGAAGAUGACAAUGACAACAACAAUGACAUCGGCAUUGAAGAGAACGAAGAAGAGGAUUCGGAAGCAGAUGUUAUGAGUGAGGGUUCAGAUGGCAUGGCAAAUCGGGUCAUAAAUGAAGAAGGCUCAGACUCAUCUGAAUCUGAAGAUUCUUAUGAUUAGAACAUCCAUUUAGUUGAUCGAAGGAAUAUGAUUUGCAUCUCAAGGCUGUAUUACAUUUUUUCGAUAUUGCAGCUUCGCAAGAACCUGAGCUCCAAGUCAUGUUGCUUGAAGAGUUAGUAGCUGAGUAGAUUUAUAGUGGUAUAUGAUCCAUGCAGAAUGGAUCCCUGUAUUUUUAAGCAUGUUGAAGCAGAGGGCCCUGGCAGCCAGCCUCAUUUUGUUUUUGCUCUUCUGUUAUUGGCCCUUGUAAUAGGCACUCAUUGAUUAAUAAAUCUUAUUACACCUUGAUUA